GACUGUAUAUAAGAAUGGUUGUGGGUCAUUUAUGUAUUUAUUUUAUUAUUAUUUUGGUUUGUUUUGUUUUUAACUUCUUGUCUAAAGUUUUUUUUUUAGGUUUACAUUACACUCUCCAUUGCGAGCUGUGACCUCACGGCGCCAUGUUUAAUUAGCCCCUCCCCUCCUCCUCUUCGACUAGCUUAGCAUCGGCUAGCCGCCAUCCUGCCGUUGACACCCGCAGCACUGACAGAGGCGACGACGUGAUGGAAAUUGACUCGAUUCAAGAGGCGCUCAGAGAUUUUGAGAAGAAUUCCAAAAAGGAACCAUCCCCUGUUCUGGAAGAGUUUCUGUGCCAUGUUGCCAAAACUGGACAGACCAUGGUUCAAUGGUCUCAGUUCAAGAACUACUUCCUGUUCAAGCUGGAGAAGGUGAUGGACGACUUCAGAGCGUCGGCGCCCGAACAGAGAGGUGCCGCCAACCCCAACGUGGAGUUGGUUCCCUUCGAAGACAUGAAGGAGAGGAUCCUGAAGAUUGUGAGCGGCUACAAUGGGAUCCCGUUCACCAUUCAGCGGCUGUGCGAGCUGCUCACAGAACCCAAGAGGAACUACACGGGAACAGACAAGUUCCUGCGGGGGGUGGAGAAGAACGUGAUGGUGGUGAGCUGCGUCCAUCCAACAUCAGAGAAGAACGGCAGCACUUCUGUGAACCGGAUGAACGGAGUGAUGGUUCCCGGGACCACGUCUGCUUUCACAGAGAGGAAAGUGAAUGGGCCGGGAACGCCGCGGCCCCUCUGCAGACCAAAGGUGUCCCUCGCCAACACAGUAGCAUCUAAUGGUCUGCCGGACAGCACAGACAACAAAGACCUCAACACAGAGCAGGAGGGCAGCAGAGACAGCAGCGAGGCCUCGCCCUCAGACGGAUCCCCGGAGAGCGCCGUGAAGAACAAACACUCGGACGAUGAAGAAGAGGAGGAGGAGGACAUGGAGGCCGAACACCAGGAGGUGAAGAGACUCAAGUUCAGCAAGGAGGAGGAUGACGAAGAGGAGGAGGAAGAGGAGGAGACGGAGGCGCCCAGGCCUUCGGACAGCUCCUGCGCCUCCCAGGAGGCGGAAGCCAUGGUCCAGCUGAAGGACGAGCACAGAGAGGACAGCGAAGCCUCCAGCUCUGCCGCCGCCUCCUCCGACGACCAGGAACCAUCCAGCAGCACGCCGGCGGAGAUGAACGCCAGCUCGGCCGAAGAGGAGCGGGCCGAGCGGGAGGUUCCGUGUGGCUCUGAGGAGGAGGCCAGCGACAUGGAUCAGACGGAGCAACAGGCUCCAGCAGGCGAGCCGGAGCCCGACAGGGACGGGGGGGAGAGCGGCAGCGACCCGGUCAGCAGCAGCAGCAGCUGCAGCUCUGAGGAAGCGGCAGAGACGGCCGCCUCUCCCUCCAGCAGUACGCCUGAACCUCCAACAGAGGGCGCCACAAGCAGCUCCAUCUCUGACACUGGGACCACUGAGGAGCCCAUGGAGCAGGACUAGACUGACCCCCCUCCCUCCUGCAGCCGCGUACGACCACAAACCAGCUCGUCCUCCAACCCCGCCUUACUGUCACUGCGGACGACGGCAGGAGCACCUCAAGGCACGGACGCCGGCCCCCCUCUGGACACUCCCAUGUUUGCAUUUCUUCCCCUCAGUGAGUGCGCUUCUUUUCUUUCAGGUGAAGUGACGGGUCUGUUCUACCGACAAACUUUGUUCAUAAAACACGUUCAAACCCACCCAGGAUUUUCUUCUUUUUCUUCCCUCAAUCGUAUUCUUUGCAAUAAUACACUACCCCUGAAAUCAGACCAGUCGUCCUCUGUAAAAUUCUCUUCUUUUGGAUGCAUCAAACCAUAAUUUAUGAUCAUUUUUCCAAGUCAUUUUUGGUUCUGACAGUUGUAGUUUCCUAAACCAGCCGCUAGUACAAAGACCAGCGUCUUCUUUGUAUGGUGAUGUCACCGCGUGCGUCCAUCUCCAGUCGCAGACCCUGGUUCCGGUUCUACAGCCAUUUCUGCAGUUGUACUUUUUGAUAUUUAGGAUUUUCAAUUUCUGUAAAGUAGAUUUUUGUAGAUUGUAAUACGGUAUGUGUUCACUGCCUUUGUGAAACCAUAUAUAAUUGUAUAAUUUCUGUGUAUACUCUGAAUGCUUCGAUGCGGUAUUCAGAAACGGCAAUAAAUGUUAACAUUUUUAUGA